UAUAGCAAACUCACAAGUAGAGCUAGAAGCAAAAGCUCACCCUAGUGAACUUGGAAUCUUCCAAUUUUCCUUUUUCUCUCUGCCUCUUCUGCCUCUUUGCUUCUUCUUUUUUUCAUCACCCAUAAUGGCAGCAAGAAAAACCUCUGUUCUUCUUUUCUUCUUCAUGUUCCUCGCUUUAUCUUCAGCCUUCCCAAGAAAUAAAAACAAGUACAAGCCAUGCAAGCACUUGGUGCUAUUCUUCCACGACAUUAUUUACAACGGUAAAAAUGCUGCCAAUGCUACAUCAGCAAUUGUAGCAGCUCCUCAAGGAGCCAAUCUAACCAUCUUGGCACCCCAAUUUCAUUUCGGAAACAUAGCGGUUUUCGACGAUCCCAUCACCCUUGACAACAAUCUGCACUCCAAGCCUGUUGGCAGGGCUCAAGGGAUGUACAUAUAUGAUACAAAGAACACAUUCACUUCUUGGCUUGGCUUCUCAUUUGCUCUGAACAGCACAGACUACCAAGGCAGCAUAAAUUUCAUUGGGGCCGAUCCCAUUUUGAUUAAAACUAGGGACAUAUCUGUGGUCGGUGGCACCGGAGACUUUUUCAUGCACCGGGGAAUCGCAACCAUCAACACCGACGCAUAUGAAGGUGAAGUCUACUUCAGGCUCAAGGUGGAUAUCAAGUUUUAUGAGUGUUGGUAAAUUUGAGGUAGUUACAUUAAGUAUAAGGGCUUUUGGUAUGUGAGAACUGAGAAUGGUCUUGAAAUAUGUUGUGUGUCAUGGAGUGCUUAUAAUUUUAGAGUUUGCUAAGCAUGAGCUUAGUCCAUCAAUAAGUAAUUAAACAAUCACCCUUGUACUUU